AUGAGGCUGUGCUUCUGAAGUCACGGCUCCCUCUACAGUUUGUACAGUGGAAAUUUUCCAUCCAGUGCAGGAAAACAAUCAAACUGACUGUGUUGAACAGUCGGGAGGACAUAACGGAGACGGGUCCGGAGAUUACGCACGCAGACACAGCUUUAACUUGUGCGCUGCUUGUGCUCAGAUCGGGAGCGGAUCCAUUUCUAACCGUGCAGAUACAGUCACAGUCACAUCUGGAAUAUUCCUCAUUUCUUUUUGGGAUUUACUGUUUUCCUGCGGACAACCAGAAUAAUGUCUCAUUCUUUGAAUACUUGAGGACUGACGACAACUUUCCUCUUUUCCGGACUUCCACCCAUACUAAUCACGGGAGAUAAAGCGUGGAGGGGGUGAAAAAGGGGGAGGGGGGGAAAAAGAAGAAGAAUGCACACUGAUCAGGAUUUGCAGUUUUUUUAAACACCGGGCAGUUUGUGGGGUCUCUGCGCACACCAAGCAAUGUUAUCUGCGGAGAUGCGUGCUUUCCCGAGGUUCAUGUCCAUGGAUGUUGCGGCUCGGUCGGGCUGCACACGGUGCCUUUGGGUGGCUGUGAUUGGACCGGACACAGACUGGGGCUGACUGAUGUUUGUCCGAGAGGAAAUGUUUUGGGGAGGAGAUCAAUACGAGUUACUGGCGCACGAGAAAGGAGGAGGAGGCGGUGGAGGUGGAGAAGGAGGAGGAGGUGGAGAUGUCACACGUCUUACUAUGAGGACGGAGGAAAACAUGCAGGCAUAAGGAUUUUUCUCUCUUGGAUUUAAAUUCAAAACAGAGCAGAACAAUCUUACAAUCAGACAUUUAUAUCUCUAUAUAUAUAUUUAAUGUGUGUGCCAAACUGUUUGACACAAGUGGAUACAUACUGUUCUUGCACUAAAGUUUUUUUCUUCACUGUCAUGCAUGGGACUUUGAUGUGGCAUCAUUUAUAAAAUAGACUUUUUUUUUUUUUUUUUUGGACUCUAACACACAUUUCACUUGGACUUUUUUUUCUGAAAUAACAAGUUACGGGACAUUGCAAGUAUAUUUCCAAGGAAGAAAAAAACUGUUUUUUAAAAAUCCAGUAGAAUGUAUUCGCAUAUACGCGGCAGCAUGGCAGUUAACUGGGUCGUAUAUUGUGUUUUUUUACUGCCCCUGUUCGCCGUGGGCACAGCUUUCUCGGGGGUCUUCAACGCCACAGACAGAGACAUUUUUACAGAUGAUUUACUGCAGGUCAAGCUCACACAAACCAGAGCGAGCGAGCAGUGGAAACUCCAGUCUACUGACUCCCAUCCCAACCUAUAUUUUAACCAAGUGGAUGUGUUGCACUUGAGGCAAAGGUCCUCCACCACCCACAGUCACAUAUUUAAAGUCAUACGGGCGGCUGCGCUCACCAUGUUGUCUAAUGUCCCCUUUUACAUGCCCCCUGUGAAACAUGCAGAGUUUACAAGCAAGUGGAACGAGAUUUAUGGGAACAACCUGCCUCCCCUGGCUCUCUACUGCCUGUUGUGCCCGGAGGACUCUGCUGCCCUGCAGUUUCUUAUCAAGUUUAUGGAUAGGAUGGCUGAAUACCCAGACUGGAAGGUGACCAGUGCCCCUAACGACGAGGUCCCCAUGGCGCACUCUCUCACCGGGUUCGCUACGGCUUAUGACUUUAUUUACUCCUACCUGGAUGCAAAGCGGAGGGAUGUUUACCUCAAGAAAAUUCGCUCCGAGACAGAGGAAUUGUUUGAGCUCUCAAAGUACAGAGGGUGGGGGAAACAGUACCUCCAAAAUCAUCAAACCACUAACAUAUUAGCCAUCAUGACUGGUGCAUUAGUGGUUGGAUCGCAUGACGACCCAGAGUCGAUGAUCUGGAAACAAGUGGCAGUGAGCUACAUGGAGAAAACUAUGUUUCUUCUUAAUCAUGUUGUGGAUGGGUCCCUGGAUGAGGGGGUGGCCUACGGGAGCUACACAGCCAAAUCCAUCACACAGUAUGUCUUUUUAGCGCAGCGCCAUUUCAACAUUGACAACUUGCAGAACAACUGGCUGCGGGGACACUUCUGGUUUUAUUAUGCCACUCUGCUGCCGGGCUUUCAGAGAACAGUUGGCAUUGCAGACUCUAACUACAACUGGUUUUAUGGGCCGGAGAGUCAGCUUGUUUUCCUCGACACAUUCGUCAUGAGGAACGGAACGGGUAACUGGCUGGCUCAACAAAUUAGAAAGCACCGACCCAAGGAUGGUCCCAUGGGACAGUCAUCUGCCCAGCGCUGGGCUACACUUCACACAGAAUACAUCUGGUACAAUAACCACCUCACGCCGCAGCCUCCCCACGACUUUGGCAAAGCUAAGAUGCAUAUUUUCUCAAACUGGGGUGUGGUUACAUACGGAGCAGGGCUACCUAACGGUCAGGGUAAUACUUUUGUCUCCUUUAAGUCUGGCAAGCUGGGUGGCCGUGCAGUGUACGACAUUGUCCAUGACAAGCCUUACUCCUGGGUGGAAGGCUGGAACAGUUUUAACCCAGGUCACGAGCACCCUGAUCAGAACUCUUUCACGUUCGCUCCCAACGGACAGGUAUUUGUGUCUGAAGCACUUUAUGGUCCGAAAUAUAGCUAUCUUAACAAUGUUUUGGUGUUCAGUCCGUCUCCCACAAGCCAGUGCAACAAUCCGUGGGAGGGUCAGUUGGGGGAGUGCGCUAAGUGGCUGCGAUGGACUGACGAGGGCGUGGGUGACGCUAGAGGAGAGGUGAUCGUCGCCUCCUCGCACAGGGACACAAUGUUUGUGAGCGGGGAAGCGGUGAUGGCUUAUUCACCCGCUAUGAGACUAAAGAGUGUGUUCAGAGCCUUGGUUCUGCUCAACUCACAGACUCUGCUGGUGCUGGACCACGUGGAGAAGUGGAGCGAUUCGCCUGUAAAGUCCCUCAGUGCAUUUUUCCACAAUCUUGACAUUGACUUUAAAUACGUCCCUUUCAGAUUCAUGGACAGAUAUAACGGCGCCAUGAUGGAUGUGUGGGACGCCCAUUAUAAAAUGUUCUGGUUUGACAGCCAGGGUCACAGCCCUGAUACCAGGAUACAGGAAGCAGAGCAGGCAGCCGAGUUUAAAAAGAGGUGGACUCAGUAUGUCAAUGUCACUUUCCAGAUGACAGGCACAGUAAGCAGAGUGGCUUACGUGUUACACGGGCCGUAUGUUAAAGUGUCCAACUGUAGAUUUGUGGAUAAUAGCAAAAACGGUGUGAGGCUGUCUUUAACCAUAAAUAACACAGAGAAAAUAGUCUCUAUUGCCACAAACUAUCAAGACAUAGGAGCUAGGUUGGCUUAUUUAGGAUUUGGAGGUCACUGUAAAGUUGAGGACAGAUAUCAGAUCACUCGAUACGGCCUUGGGACGCAACUCAUCCCCAAACAAAUCAGCAGCGAUAAUCAGCUCUUUGACUUUGGUUUCACAGUCAAUGUGAUAGCAGGGGUCGUUCUCUGCGUGGCCAUAGGAUUUCUGACCAUGCAGAGAAAGUUUUACGUCUGCUUCAGCAAGCUGAUGCGUUACGCCCUCCUCUCGGUGCUCAUUCUGUGGAUAGCAGAGCUGUUGUUUGUGUCGAACAGCUGCGAUCAGCUUCUCUGUGGGGUAAAAUGGAAAGGUGCAGGUGCCAAAAGCGAAGUAAACAAACAAAUCAGACUGUAUGAGCAGCACCGGCUCCCCCUUCCCACCGUCGUCAUAACAACCCUUCCCGGAUCAGGAUCGGAAAUCCUGAAGCACCUUUUCUACAACAGCUCCGAUUUUGUUUACAUAAGAGUUCCCACCGAGCACGUGGACGUUCCCGAGACCGAGUUCGAGUUCGACUCUCUGGUCGACGCCUGUGAGUGGUCAAGGUCAGACGCCGCGCACGGACGGUUUAAGAUUAUUCAGGGUUGGCUGCAUUCGCUGGUCCACAACACCAAGCUGCACUUGCAAAAUAUUCAGCUCGUAGAGGGCGGCAGGGUCAAACUGCCCCAGAGAGUCAGCCCCUCUAGGGACAGAAAGAAAAGAUCCAGGAGGAGAGAGCCAGCAUCUGAGCUGAAGGGCAAACUGAGAGCCAGCCUGGACAGAGAUGCAGAGUAUGUUAGGGAGAUGAGACGGCAUGUCGCGGAGUACCCCAACGCCCGGGUGGUCCUCAACAUGCGUAGCGGAAGCUGGCCACUCAAACUGCCUUUCAUUCAGGAGGUUGUGGGACCUUCCCUCAGGACAAUCUACUUGGUGAGAGACCCCCGAGCAUGGAUUUAUCUCAUGGUUUAUAACAGCAAACCCAGCCUUUACUCACUUAAAAACAUCCCACAGCACCUUUCCUUGAUAUUCAAGGAGGAUGCUGUCAGUGAUGGGUGCCCAACUGUGGCGCCGGAGUUUAAGAUAAUCCAGAGGCUGCUGUCCCGUUCAGAGACAAACCCCGUCCUGAUGCUCGCUCAUCUGUGGCUGGCUCACACCGCGGCGGUGCUGAGGGUCAGCGAGGGCCUCCCCGAGGAGUCCUACCUCCAAGUGAGGUUUGAGGACGUGGUGAACUACCCGCAGGAGACGGCGGAGAGCAUUCACACAUUUCUUGGGGUGCCCGUCUCGCCCACAGCCCUCAACCAACUCAUAUUCACCACCUCCACGAACUUGUACAAUCUUAUGUAUGAAGGAGACAUUUCACCAGCCAACAUCAACAUGUGGAGACAAAAAAUGCCUCGAAAGGACGUCAGACUAAUAGAGGACGUUUGUGGGAGCGUGAUGAAGAGGCUGGGUUACACCCGGAUCGCCAGCUAACUAACCUGCUGCUGGUCAGCUGAUGUUGAGCUGUCUUGUUUACUGUCUCAUCAAGUUCUGAAAAGUUUUGUGUUUUUUAUUUUUUUUUGCACUGACCUUAAAUUUGAAAAAAAAAAAAAAAAGAUGCUACAAGUUGAGGAAAAAACUGGGGAGCAUUUCUGCCCGUGUUUAAGUUUUUUCUGUUUGUUUGGGUGAAUGUAAGGUGUUGCACAGACUACAGCAACAGAUGUUUGUGAGGGAGGAAUAUUUUACAUUAAAAUAUGCAGAAGGGAAGCUUAUGUUAUUGUUUUUUUGCAACCCUACUUGUAGCACUCUUUUAUUGAAUGAGACUUUAGACCUUUGCUGUCUUACAUGCAGAGGAACACCACUGAAUCUCAGCAUAAAUUUAUUGUUGUUUUUAUUUGUGCAGCAUCCUACAAACAGCUCAGACGGACUGUUUCCUGUGUGUCUUUGUAAGAGAUGAAACAUUUUGAGUUUUCCCUAAUCUGUGAUGUCAGAGAGAUGUUUGUGCAGAAUCCAUAUCUGUUAUAUUACUGGUGUUAUAUUUUGGUGUGGGGGGGAUAUUUACUGAAACAGAAAUGAAGCUCAUCAAGAUGUAAGAUUAUUUAUUGACAGCCUUCUGAUUUGUAGCUUUGGGAAUGAAUUUUCAAGGACUAAUUAGGCUGUCAUGAAUUUAAUAUCUGAACUCUGUGUGCUGUUUCCCUUUAAAACUACGGAAGAGGAAAAAAAAAAAAGAAAUGCUGCAUUGUACUGUAUAGACUCUUUUUGCAAAGCAGAGAAAAAGAAGACAGCAGUGCUUUAUUGCUCUAAUAUAGACAUAUGAAUGACAUGGAUUGUAUUUUCAUUACAUCAGUAGAGAGAUUUUAUUUGAAGCUCAGAGAUGUCACGACGGUUUGGUGGCUUAGCACUUUCACGGGGACUCCUUUGAUUGUACGCGGGAUUCAUUUUUCCAAAGCUAAACUUUUACUGUACGUACUCCAUUAGCUGGGAAAUAUGAAACCUCUGAAGAUAUAUAAACCUCUGAAGAUAUUAUGUCUAGAAGAAAGAAAGUUAGAAGUAUUUAUGGGUUCCAAAGACACAUAUCCCAAAGGAUCAGGAGUGAAUAUGAUUAUUAUAACUCCCUUUGGCAUUUAUUGAAUUAGAUCAGAGGGAAGUGCUUAAUAGGGAUCAAACUGAAAAAAAAAAAAAAAAAAAAAAAAAAAAGAAACCUGUCAGCCUUGACACAUUUCUAGUGAAAGCAAUUUCCAAAGCAUCCCCCUCAGCUACUCGUAUUAAUCUGCAAAAUGCCACAACUGAGUCUCGCCCUGUGUUUUAUGAUUGUGCUAUCUUUACUAUGAAGGCACAUAGUUUCCAUUUGCUGUCGUGGUCAAUCAGAUAUCCGAUGAUCUUUUCUUUUGGGGGGGGGGGGCCUUGUCUUGAAAGAGUUCAGUGAGCCGUGGACUGAACAGGGGAUGAAUAUUAAGUAUAGCUCAAGAAGAAGAAGAAGAAGAAAAAAAAAGUCAGAGACCGUUUCUACUCUGUGAUGUUAUGCUCUUUGGCCUGGGCAAAAAUGUACGCUCCUCGGUAACCUUUUGAUGCUGUCUUGCUUAAACAUUUCUGUACUGUAACUGCAUCACAUGUAACACGCGGAUGGUUCACUCAAUUAUAGACUUUAUAUUGCAUUUAUACACACACACACAAACACACACAGAAAAAAAUAAUACUGUACCCAUUUGGAAAUAUCCAUCUUUCCCCAGCUAGAAACAGUCCUGUUUGUUUUCUUCUCUAUGAACACUGAAACCCUUGACUGCCUGGAAAACCCGUUUGAUGUUUGUGCUCUUUGAAUGUGUAGACUUGGCAGACAUGCUUUCACUUUGGUGUUGCAAUCCUGUUACCAACUCUGUUUUGUAUUUGCUCGUGGGGAUAUGGUUCCUUGCUUCUGUGGCCUUGAAUUACAAUCAUUUCUUUCUAACGGUUUUCUGUGGGCUCUGGAGCAGGAGGAGGUGGAGAUAAUGUAAAGAAAAUAAUAAAAUUCAUAAAUAUAUCAGCAA